GGAGUGAUAAAUAUCUUACCUCCCCAACAACAAACCUAUAAUUGGAGGAUCACUCCAUCCAUUUUCCACAUACAACUUCAAAAUUAAAAAUUUAAAAAAUGGAAGAACAAUCUUCAGCCAUGUUCAAGCUCCUCUUCUGUUCCUCUCUUGUUGUCAUCGCCUUUCUCCUACCUCAUACUCAUGGUAAAGACACAAUAAGUAGGUGUGUGAAGAAUGUACCAAGUGUAAAACAGACUCAAGUUGGGAAAGGAAAGUAUAGAGUAGACGUGAAGAACAACUGUGGAACAUGCCCGGUAAUCGAUGUCCAUGUGAAAUGUGGCAACUUCUCACAAUCAGAGGUUGAUCCAAAGCUGUUUAAGGUGCUCAAGUUUGAUGAUUGUGUGGUUAAUUAUGGAUUACCAUUACUUCCACUUCAGAUUAUCUCUUUUAACUACACUCACCCUACUAAGUACCCUUUGCACCCCAACACUUGGUACUUUCAGUGUGAGUGAUUUAUUUUUAUGAUUUACUUGCUUUAAUCUUGUUUAGAUGGUGAUCUAAUCUGUGCUAACGGAUCAUGUUGUUAUAAAAUGUCUUUGUAGUUUAAAUUCACCAAAUUGUUAAAGAUUUUAUGUUAUUUCUUGCAAAUGUUUCUGAUAGUAGAA